UUCGCAAAUUAGGACCCUAGCCCUUCUUUCUCUUUCUUAUACACAAUGUCUUUAUUAUCUCAGUUUACAAAAACUGCUUUUCAACAGUUUACAAGACCUGUAGCAAUCAACAAUCCUUCCAUUUUUACUCUUGUUCGUACCAUGAAGGUCCGUUCUUCAGUCAAGAAGAUGUGUGAUGGUUGUACAACUGUCAGAAGACGUGGAAAGCUCUUCGUAACAUGCUCCAAGAACAAGAAGCACAAGCAACGCCAAGGAUAAACUGAUUCAUCAUACUAUGUAUAUUAUUUCCAGCAUCGUUUUCUUUUUUGUAUAGACCCUCUAAUAAAUCGAUAGCAAGCCAU